GUAUAGGUUAGGAAUCAUGCUGACAUGUUAUAGGUCAGUAGCAAGUACUUGGUGCAAAUUACAGAAAAGGUAUGCAUCAAAUAGUGCAGCGGUUCUGAAAAAGCAGUAUGAAGAACAUGAUGUCACGAAAAUUCGAAAUAUCGGAAUUCUGGCACAUAUCGAUGCCGGAAAAACUACUACUACAGAAAGAAUGUUGUAUUAUUCUGGCCUCAUAAAAUGUAUGGGAGAAGUACAUCAUGGUAAUACGGUAACAGAUUAUAUGGAUCAGGAACGCGAACGUGGUAUAACAAUCACCUCUGCAGCGGUAACUUUUGAUUGGAAAAAUCAUCGUAUUAAUUUAAUAGACACUCCAGGUCAUAUUGACUUCACUAUGGAGGUAGAGCAGACAUUAAGAGUGUUAGAUGGUGCAGUUGUUAUAUUAGACGGUAGUGCAGGUGUUGAGGCACAGACAUUGACAGUCUGCAAACAAGCAGACAAGUACAAUAUACCAAGAAUUAUUUAUGUAAAUAAAAUGGACAGGGCAGAUGCCAAUUUCGAUAUGAGUUUGAAAUCUAUUCAGUCAAAACUAAACACAGAAGCCUUGCCAACUCAGUUUCCCAUAAAGAAUAAAGGAAUUUUAGAAGGGAUUGUGGAUGUGAUUUGCUUGGAGAAAUUAUUCUUCGAAACAAAGCAUAUGGGCAUGACAGUUGUAAGAUCAAAAUUGUCUGAAUCUGGAGACAAAGCCUUGUGGGAGACAGCAAUGGAAAAACGUAGAAAUUUAACCGAUAAAUUAUCUAGCAUAGAUGAUAAGUUAGCUGAUGUAAUUAUAGAGCAGGAAUCUUUAGAUGCAAUUUCUUCGCAGCUACUACUUGACUCGCUGUACAGAAGUACCAUAAGUAGAAAAGCUGUUCCUGUACUUUUAGGUAGUUCCUACAAAAAUAUAGGAGUGCAACCAUUAAUGGACGCUGUGCUACUGUAUUUACCAUCACCCAAUGAAAACAAAUACUUAAAGUACUACAACACUUUUAACAACAAUCUUUCUGCCAGAGUGUUCAAGGUAAUUCACGACAAGCAAAGAGGUCCAAUUUCUUUCCUCAGAGUCUAUACCGGCAGCAUAGAAAGACAUAAUAAACUAUACAACAUUCACAAGGAGCAAAGAGAGCAAGUAAACAGGUUAUACGUCGCUUGUGCAGACGACUAUCAAGAAGUAUCCAAAGUUACACAUGGCAACAUAGCUGCAGUCGCGGGACUAAAAACAACCACAACCGGUGACCUAAUAACGUCCAAUCAAACAGCAGCAACUGAGGCAAGAAAGAAACUCCAGUCCCGCAAAGACAUUGACCAGAAAGUCGUGGAUGACUUCUUCGCCUCAAACUCAAAAGCUUUAGAGCCCGUUUUCUUCUGUUCCAUAGAAGCACCGUCCCUGUCUACGCAGGCAGCUUUAGAGACUGCACUUCAGCAAUUGGAAAGAGAAGACCCAAGUUUAAAAGUAACUUACGGCAACGAGUCUGGUCAAACCGUGCUAGCAGGCAUGGGUGAACUGCACAUCGAGAUCAUCAAGGAAAGAAUUAGAAAGGAAUACAAAGUCGACGCCGACACAGGACCCCUGCAGAUCUCUUACAGAGAGACCAUCACGGAAUCUGUUAGGGACACAUACACCUGCGAAUACAAGAUAGGAAACGCAAAUCCCAAAGUCACAUUAAUUAUGUCAGUAAUACCAGACUACAUGGAAGACGUGAAGUUACUGCUUGAUAGAACAGCAGAAUCCGUCGCUAACGUAGACGCUAUUCCAGUUAAAUUUAUGGCAGCCAUCAAAGCUGGCGUUAACUCAGUUUUAUCAAGCGGACCAAAGUUAGGGUUUCCAGUAGUAAAUAUGGGCAUUAAGUUGCAUUGGUUCGAGGUCGGACGAGGAACUAUGCCAUCGAUAAUUACGGCUGCUGUGUCCCAAUGCAUCAAGCAGCUGAUGCGAGAUGCUGACGUGAAACUUCUGGAACCCAUCAUGCGGUUAGAAGUGGUGGUACCUGACGAUUACUCGAGUGCUGUUUUAAAGGACCUAUCCAAGAGACGCGCAGAAGUGCAGUUUAUAGACGUACGUGGAAAUAGCAAGGUGAUAAAGUGUCUUGCCCCACUGUCCGAGCUUCUGGGCUACUCGACAGCAGUGAGAGUGGUCUCUUCGGGUCAUGCAACAUUUUCGCUGGAAUUUGAUCAUUACCGAAAGAUGGAUGCGAUGGUCGAAGCGGAGGCGAUUAAAAAGGCGACAGGCUUCUAUUAGGAGAACGUUGAACAGGAACGUAAAACUGUGCACACGUCCGUGCGAUAUUAUACAAAAUCAUUUCUUUUUUGUUUUUUGUAUUCAGAAAUCAUCGAUUCGACUGUACAAAUAUAUAAAAUUCGACCAUUAA